GUGUUGACGACGUAAUACAUUCAACAUGGCGACCUCUGUAAUGGCAGGCGGUGGUAAGUCAAAUAAUAUUUUACUUGAAAUGCAGAUGUCUUUUUCAUUCUCUACCUCUUCUAAAGUGUGGGUUAGAAUGAACUUAACAUGUUUUCAUAGGGUUCACACUACUCAGGAGUGUUGCUGGGCAGAUACACUCAAGGUAAGGAGAACCAGCUAACUUUAGCUAACAGCGCUGUCAUUUCAGUAAAGGACAUAUCAAGCAGUCAAAUUAUACAUGUGCAUACAACUUCCAGAAUUGUGCCUAUUACAAGUAUUUGCCCAAUUUUUAUUUUAUUGCGCCUCUUUCUACUGUCUAACUUAUCUAACGUUAGCUAGCUAGCUAGCUAGCUAGCUAGCUUCUUAGUUAAGUUCUCUUCUCUAUCCUUGCAGGUUAUUUGCUUUUGGUAAACCCCAGAGGCUCUCCUGCAUCCACACCAGCGCCUCAUUAGAUGUCAACAAGAACUGGGACAGGAAGAACCUGCAAAUGUUCCCACCACAGCAGCCUGAUGAAGCACGAAGACCUGCAGUGAGUUCCAACAACAAAGUGAUACAUACAGUAGUUAUGGUUAAAUAAAUACAAAUAAAAUGUGUUUCCAUGGAAAUCAUUCCAGAUCUGGCAAUUUAUUGUUAAACAGUGGUUUUCAGUUGUUGUGGUAUACCAAAUUCAGACCAAUAUAUUUCUUUCACAGGAGGUGCACCACUGCAGGAGGCAAAUCAAGUACAGCAAGGACAAGAUGUGGUAUCUCGCAAAUAUGGUGAGUGUCUAGCAGGUUUGAAUGUAAAAGCAACAUGCUGAACACCUUCCAAGUAGCCCUAAACAGAACAGAAUUUUACUGCAUAUUCUCAGUCUUUAGAUGCUCCACUCAAAAGCUCAUAGACAUGUACUUUCUUGACUUAAUCUUCUUGCCCCAAUUGGGAGCAUAGGGAGUACAUCAUGGCUCUCCUCCUAACUAUUUUCUGUGCAAGGGCUUUUUCCUCUUGCAAGGAGAUCCCCGUUUUACUAAGUUAUUGUAAAGUGGAGCAUCUCCAGUAUUUUUAUUUUAUUGUUAUUUUUUUCCCACGCAUGCGGCAAUCAAUUGAACACAAUGUGCUUGCUUGCACAGAUAUGGCACACAUGCAGGACUUUUAUUAUGACAUGAGGUGAAGCGGAGAGGAUGUGAUUUCAGGCACCUGCAACAGACCCACGUUUGAAAAGUCUGUUUAAAGGCCCAAUACAGACGUUUUAUCUCAAUAUCAAAUCAUUUCUGGGUAAUCAUUUCAGUUAAGGACCUAACUGUAAUAGCUUUCCUUUAAAACUGUCAGAAAUAUUAUUUAUGUGCAAAAACAUUUUUCUCAAGCAAUAAUUUUGCUAUGACUGUCUGGGAGUGGUCUGAGUGGGGAGGGAUUUUACAUUUACAUUUUAGUCAUUUAGCAGACACUCUUAUCCAGAGCGACUUACAGUUAGUGAGUGCAUACAUAUCUUUAUUUUAUAAUUUUUUUUAUACUGGCCCCCCGUGGGAAUCGAACCCACAACCCUGGCGUUGCAAACGCCAUGCUCUACCAACUGAGAUAUGUAAUCUGAAAACUAGCUGUUAUUGGCAGAGGGGCUUGGAACUCUCUUUGUUAUUGGUAUAUAUUAACUUAUACCGUCUGUCACCAGGCAAGCCAAAACUUCACCCAUGCAAAACAUGCUCAUUUGAAGGUCCUGUUGAGGUUGUAUUUUCAACCAGCAACUAUCAGGAAAUAACACUGAUCAAAUUUCUUCAUACUUUUACAGUGUUAGUUUCAUCGGCUGUUGCACAAUAGAGUUUCCGUUAGGAAAAUGUGGUGCUGGACAACGUGACCGGGAAGAUUUUAAUUUACCAGCCAUUUGAGAAAUGUAUCGUACCCAUAUGCAUUGGGUGCGUAACACAUUAGGGUGUCCACCCACAGUGCUUAGAAUGACAGAAAUCACAUUUAGAUUUGCUCCGUUCAUCUUUCCCUCGAUUCUGACUAGUCUCCCAGUCCCUGCCGCUUAAAACCAUCCCCACAGCAUGAUGCUGCCACCACCGUGCUUCACCGUAGGGAUGGUGCCAGGUUUCCUCCAGACGUGAUGCUUGGCAUUAAGGCCAAAGAGUUCAAUCUUGGUUUCAUCAGACCAGAGAAUCUUGUUUCUCAUGGUCUGAGUCCUUUAGGAGCCUUUUGGCAAACUCCAAGCGGGCUGUCAUGUGUCUUUUACUGAGGAGUGGCUUCCAUCUGGCCACUCUACCAUGAAGGCCUGAUUGGUGGAGUGCUGCAGAGAUGGUUGUCCUUCUGGAAGGUUCUCCCAUCUCCACAGAGGAACUCUGGAGCUCUGUCAGAGUGACCAUUGGGUUCUUGGUCACCUCCCUGACCAAGGCCCUUCUCCCCCAAUUGCUCAGUUUGGCCGGCGGCCAGCUCUAGGAAGAGUCUUGGUGGUUCCAAAUAUCUUCCAUUUAAGAAUGAUGGAGGCCACUGUGUUCUUGGACCUUCUGUGUCUCGACACAAUCCGGUCUCGGAGCUCUACGGACAAUUCCUUCGACCUCAUGGUUUGGUUUUUGCUCUGACAUGCACUGUCAACUGUGGGACCUUUUAUUUAGACCGGUGUGUGCCUUUCCAAAUCAUGUCCAAUCAAUAGAAUUUACCACAGGUGGACUCCAAUCAAGUUGUAGAAACAUAAUAAUAAUAAAUAAUAUGCCAUUUAGCAGACGCUUUUAUCCAAAGCGACUUACAGUCAUGCGUGCAUACAUUUUUGUGUAUGGGUGGUCCCGGGGAUCGAACCCACUACCUUGGCGUUACAAGCGCCGUGCUCUACCAGCUGAGCUACAGAGGACCACGUCUCAACGAUGAUUAAUGGAAACAGGAUGCACCUGAGCUCAAUUUCGAGUCUCAUAGCAAAGGGUCUGAAUACUUAUGUAAAUAAGGUAUUUAUUUAUUUUUGCAAAAAAACUAAACCUGUUUCGCUUUGUCAUGAGGUAUUGUGUGUAGAUUGAUGAUGAAAAAAAUGUAUUUAAUACAUUUUAGAAUAAGGCUGUAACGUAACAAAAUGUGGAAAAAGGGAAGGGGUCUGAAUACUCUCCGAAUGCACUAUAUGGAUGAUAUAGAAAUUAAAUAUAUACAGGUUAAAAGUAAUUACUAAAUGUUCCACCCUUAAAUAGAAUUGUGACAUGUUCUUGUUUUAAGUAUGAUGUACUAGUUAACCAAUAUUGCAUGAUGUGAUGAAGCAAAUUAUUUUCACUAUAGGCUUAGACUGUUGUUUCCAAAUAGUGGGUAAACAGGUUAGGUACCAUUGCUAAAGAGUAACGUUGAGCUUUUAAUCAUGGGGUAAGAAUAUAACUGUUGUGGGAAACGAGGAAGUCUAGUCUGAGAAAUCAGAACAGCUUAUGAAAGAGGGGUUGUGAAACUGAGACACCACCCCCCCACCCAGAGUGGAGAGUAUAAUUGUUGUUGUGUUAUAAUAUUGUGAAACCAAGUCAGGGAGUGUCUCUCGGGACAAAGAAUGUGUGUGUGUGUGUGUGUAUAUAUAAGGUUGGUCCUCAUUGUGAGGGGCAGAAUUCUCUGAAUAAAGACAACCUGACUAUUGCAGACGGGGGCUCUGUCCGUUUCUUGAUCCAAAGCAUUACAACCUUUGGGAGAUGCACAGAGACACUGAAAUAGUUGAGUUCAACCAUUGAGAGUAAAUAAUUAUCGUGACAAUGGAGGAAAUUACUGAGUAGUUUGGUUCAUCAGGCUGACCUCCAGUCUUCGCUUGAAGUUAUUGAGGGAUGAUGUUUUGGCAAUGUGAAGAUAAGAAUUCCAGACUAUGUUACCUCUGACUAUGUGAGGUACGGCAGUGGGGAGGGUGAAGGUUAUCGCAGUUAAAUAGAUUUCAGAAUUAACCUGGAAGAAUCCAUUGAAGGGUUUAGGUAAAGUUUAUGAAAACCAACAGAACAGGAGAGAAAUGCUGGUUUCAAUGGCAUAUGAGGAAGUAUUUUUGUUAGGUUUCAAACAAUUAUGUGUUUUCAAAAUGCAUAGCCUACUGCCUCAAGCUCACAUUGCUAAGUGGUGAGUGACGAACUGAUAUUCUGCCUACUGUUCCCUAUGCACUUAAAUGGGAGUGGCACUUCAAUUAACAGUUGAGAAAUAGAAAUGGUAACUAUUUUUAAUCGUGUCCAAGUUUUUUUAACACACAAUUGCAUUUAGAAAUGUUGCGCAAUGACUGGUCUUAUAAAAGCACGUUUCACUCCAGCAACAGUGAGCUGAGUAGCUGCAACAGGUCUAGCGCAGUCUGAGGUGAUAUUCUGCUCAAAAUAGGCUCUGACUGCAUGUUGUGCGCGUGUGAUAAAUAAAAUACAUGACUAAUGUAAAUACACAUGCAGCAAUUUAAUUCCACACAAUUAUGCUAAUUAAGCUAUAGACCGAAAAGCAUUAAGGUCAUUGGUAUUUCCAUCAAUGAAUAUAAAGCAUUAUUUUGCAAUUUGAUAUUUAUUUCUCCCAGUCAAUUUGUCUGGCAACAAUUUUUUUCGGCUUUUCAUUUUUUUGGGGGGGGGGUCAAAUCCCGCAAAAUACCAGCUAAAGGAAACCCUGGAACAAUAUAAUACAAAACACACAAAAACAUAUUUUUGACUGCACUAGGCCUUUUAAUAAUGCUUUCCUGUGGAUAUUUUGGCUCAAAUUCCCAAUGGUAGGCUAUAAGGUCCAAAGUAAUUUCAAAUGGAAUUUUAUUCAAGAUUCGUGAAGCACAUGGGGACGUUUUCAGUGAUGGGUUUUUAAGUGACGAUGUUGUCCAAGAGGGAUAGCAUCGUCGUAUACACUGCUAUGGCCUUCCCUGCGUUCACUUUUUCCUAGUGGGUUGUUGUCCAGUGCCUUCCUUGUGCCUGUCCCAUAGAUUGGUUGUCAUAAAACAAUGAAAAACUGACCUUCUCUGAAAGCCUUACUUGUAGGUUGUGUCGUUUUAAGUAUGCUGUUUUGUUAAAUGCCGAGUGUGGUCAAAAACGUGAUUGUCCUGUGUUUUUAUAUAUAUAUUUCCAUCUGAGGUUCGAGUAAUACUGUGAAAGUGGUGAUAAGCCCUUUUUAGUGUAAGAGUUGUUUGAAAAGACUAAAAUUCCAGCCUGUUUUGGUGGGAUGGAGUUUUGGCCUGGCUGGUGACAUCACCGGGCGGUAAAUUAGUUAAUAGACCAAAAAGAUUUUCAAACCUCUCAAUAACAGCUAGUUUUCCAUUUUCCCCUCCCCACUCAGAACACUCCCAGGCAGUCCUACCAAAAUUGUUGCUUGAGAAAAUGCUCUUUACUAAGAACCUAUUUUCAUUUAUUUUUUACCAUUUUUAUUUAAAACAAUCACAGUAAGGUACUUAAUUGUUAAUCAGAAAUUAUUUGAAAUUGAGAUCAAAACGGCUGCAUUGAACCUUUUUAAAAUUAUACAGUAUAAUGGCAAAGGUGCAUAAAGUUGUCAUUGUUUUAGCACUAUCUACCGAGUUUUUAAACUACAGCGUGCAACAUGGUUCAAUGCACCAGUAAAUCAGCACCAUCUACUUUUUUAGGUUUUUCAAAUUGGCAGCAUCUUGGAGGUAAAAUUGGGAUCAUGUAUACUGUGCUAAUGAUAAUACAAAAGAGUAACAGAGCAAUGCACAAUAAGGCGAACUUAGCCAACAAGGCAUUUGUGGUAAGUGCAUGGGGGCUGUCAUUUUUAUGCAUCUCCGCUAUUGGUUGACUUCCUCUUCUGUAUUCCUCCAACAGAUCAGAGGAAUGACCAUUGACGAGGCCAUUGCACAGCUUGAGUUCAACGACAAAAAGGGGGCAAAGAUCAUGAAAGAGGUAUGUUUUAGCUCCUAUAUUUUAUCCUUGUGUGACUGUCUACAGCAUGCUUUAGCUAGUUUUGGAAAACAAUGCAACAUUUGCUUUAGGCGUCCAUCCAUGUUUCUCAAACAUCAAAUUUCAAAGUGUUUAAGUUUAGGCAUUAACUCCGAAUGGUAAGGGUUAAGGUUUGGGAUAGGCUUAAAAUAAAAAGAUCAAAAACAACUUUCUAUCACUGGAUUCGAACAUGCAACCUUUUGAACCAGAGGCAGAUGCUUGCGCCCAUCUGCCAUCCCCGUCAACAACGCCCUAGCGAAACCGAAACCUACAGCGCUCACUGUUGCCCCUAGUGGCCUUGUUUCCACGUCAUCUCCCGACGUCCUCAGACAUGGAUGGACGUCGAGUACUGAUUUGUAUCACCGGUGACCUGCCUGUGUCCAGUAGUUCUGUAGUUGUCAGUGUUUGGCCGCUGUCUUUCAUGAUGUGAUACAUUGUUGUAUUUCUAAGGUUCUCUUGGAAGCCCAGGAGAUGGCAGUCAGGAAUCACAAUGUGGAAUACAAGUCCAAUUUAUAUGUUGGUAAGAGUCAACUGUCGUACAUCUUCUUGAAAUCUUACACAUCAAAUUGUAUUAGUCUCAUAUACAGUUUACAGCAGGUAUAAAAGGCGCAGCAAAAUGCUUGUGUGCUAGCUCCCUCAAUGCAGUACGUUAAUCAAUAUCAAUAAUAAUAAUAAAUAAUAAUAAGUCAUAAAUAAGUAAUAGAAGAGGUAGUAUGCAUAGUAAUAAUAGACUAUAUUUACAUAUGUGGGUAGUGUCUCGGUCACAUAGUAGAAUAAAUAGUAUAUAAUCGAACAGUAUAUAAUAGAACAGCAGUAUUGACUGUGUGAGUGCUUGUGUGUUUGUGUAAGGGUUGGAUCUGUGGAUACUAGUCAGUGCAAAUAAUCUCUAAAGUGCAGAUAGUCUCUAAUACACAACUUCAUACACAUAAUAUCUUGUUCGAAUCCUCUCACAAUAAAAGGUAUGACAGAAAUUGCCCAUGCUUGCCCUAAAUGGCAUGAUUGAAUUCCUGGAUGUAAAUUGUUUUAACACAAGGUUAGAGUAAAGUGUUGGUGAUCAUUAAAGGGUGUAUAGUGCAUUCUAAUCACAUCCUAACUGUUUCAAAUGGAAAAAUAAAUGGAAAUUUCUUGAUAAAUCACAAUAGGGAUGUAAUUUUAGAUGCCGGAAAAUAGACUUUUCUUCACUUCAGAGGCUGGGUAUGAUUUAUGCAAAUGUAAUGCAGAGGUUAUUAUAGAUAAACAAAUGAUGUGAUUGACAUUCAAAUGCAAUUCUGGAAUGAAAUCUGUCAUUGUGUUCUCUCUCUCUCAUGCGCGCGCACACACACAAUCUUUCACACACUCUUUAUCCCCUUCUCCCUCUCUUCAGCGGAAUCGUUCUCCAACAAGGGGAAGUACCUGAAACGUAUCCGUUACCAUGGCAGAGGAAUGUUUGGGAUCAUGGAUAAAGUGCACUGCCACUACUUUGUCAAGCUGGUAGAGGGGCAUCCACCGAAGGCAGAGCAGAAGACUGGCUUCGACCAGGCCAAGGAGUACGUUGAACAGCUCAAGAGUCGCACCAUUAUCCACGCACUAUAGGGCAACUAAUACUCUGUAUGUGAUUUGAUAUUUGUUGUAAAUAAAUAAUGUAUUGUAUCAUUUUUGCGGGAUU